CUCCCUGACUGACAUUGGUCUAACACAAUUUCGUGAUAUCCGGACCAUCGAAAUAUUCCACGAAAGUUUCAUCAACGUCCAUCGAGCCCAUCGAUCACCAUGGCCGAAACAACAGGAUCAACCAAGGGGAAAUUCGAGCCCAAAAACCCCGUCACGCUGGCUCCACCGAAAGAUGAUCCGAUAUCAUUAGAAUACCUCUCCAAGUGUGACGGGACCCAUGAAGGAUAUCCAACCUAUGUUGCUAUCAAGGGGAAGGUAUUCGAUGUUAGCGGCAAUCCUGCCUAUGCACCAAAAGCCACCUAUAAUGUGUUCACUGGCAAGGACUCAUCGCGUGCACUGGGGCUCUCGUCACUGAAGCCCGAGGAGUGCGUCGCAGAAUGGGAGGACCUUGAUGAUGACGCGAAGAAGGUGUUGGAAGAUUGGUUCACGUUCUUUAGCAAGAGAUAUAACAUUGUCGGCGUCGUCCAAAAGGAGUGAAUGUGCAACCUCGACGCAUAUGUUCAGCGAAAGGAACGGGUCGCAAAGCUGCCCGCUGGCGUUCCUCCUAAAGAUAUUAUGUACAACUAUGUGCAUAUAUGAUUACCGAAAUCAGCCACUGCUGGGUACAAUUGACUUAGCGGCGUCUUUCCAGCCAAAAAACCUAUUCAGCGCAAAUGAAACACUCCUAUUCAGUGACCACC